AUGACUAGGAAAAAGUCGCACGAAAUGCCUCCGAUUCACGAAAAUGAAGAUGGAAUGCAAUCAAGUGGUGAUAACGUUGCAACGGAAGGGGAAGAAGAGGAAGAGGAGGAAAUUCUUAUGAUGCGGAGCUCAACAAGGAAGAAAAUCAAUGACGACGAGGCGUCUGACUUAAUCAGUGAGGAAGGAGCUGAUGGUAGUGAACAACUGACACCAUAUGUAGCCAAAUGCUAUGGACAUCUUGAGACAUUGAGAAAGCGCAAACGCGAGCAGGAGGAACAAGUCGAGACGUUGGUUGAAGAAACCUUUGGACAGAUUGAAAUCAUUAUGCAGGAAAUCAUGCGGGGAUUGCAAGAACGUCACGCUGCGUCACACGCACAAUUUGAGGCAACUGACACUAAACUUUCACGUAGUCUGCGUGAGCACAAUCGGAUGGACAAGAAGCUCAAAAUGAUUGCAGCAAUUCUCCUCCGUGAUGAGAUGACAAUCGAUAUGGUAUAUACGGUGGAUGAAAAUGCACAUGCAUACGUGAAAGAAGAGUGUGACUACAAGGACGGAAGUGAAGAUGUCGAUGCAUCGGAUGGAGAAUAUGGCGAGGCAUUAUUAGGAACUGAUCGACGAGGAGAGGCGGAAGACGACGACGACUUGAUUGCAAGCACUAAGGCAAGUCAUAAGAAAGGAGUCGACGGCGACGCUCCAAAUGAUACUGUAGGAUCUUUCUUGUCGACUGGUGACAGCGUGUACGAUGGGAUGGCGCACGAUGAGGAGACGGCAAGUGGUGCUAAUAAAAAUCCACUUGUCAAAAGUUCCCUGCCUUCCAAUAAGUCCUUCGACCAUCAAGUUAAGGCAUUGAUAUCUAGUUCAAAUUCAUACAUCUACUUUAAUCAGUGGAAGCGCAAGCUUAACGGUAAGAGUACAGUUACGCGGCUUCGUCUGGCGUUUGAGCAGUUGCUGCCAAGGCUUUUGGGAGCUCGAGAUUAUGCAGGCGCCGCAAAAGUGCUAGGGGUCAUGUAUCAUCGAUUCGCGCUGACCCCAGCUUUGUGCAUUGAGGCCAGUCUUGAGAUCUUACGCAGGCGAUCAGACUACCGUAAUGAGCUGUUGAGUUUCUACGAGGCUACACUAGAACUUCAUAGUCGGCAUGUCGAUAAAAUGUUGAUUUUAAAGGAGAUGUGGCUUUUUCACGUCGUUCAUGGGGAGUUUUAUGAAGCCUAUCAUAUGUACCGAGACAAAAUUGAGCAGAUGAAGGAGGCUGAAGAGGAUGCAAGGUUACUCGCAAAUUUUGGAAUUUUAUGCUACUGGCUCAUGUUUAUCGAGUCCAAAGAACUUCGUGAACGAUUCGAGCGGAAAGAUACAGACUACGAGGACGAGGACGAUUAUGACUUGGAUGCUGCUGUGAGUGGUGAUUUCGGCACAAGUGAAAAUAUCGAAUCAGUGAUUGAGUCCAACUACUUACUUAAAACGCCUAUUGGGGUCCACGUUUUGUAUCAACACGCUUGUAAUGCAUUGAGGCGUGCCGUGGCGAAGAACCCCGAUUCGGCAAUGUUUGUGGAGCACUAUGUGCAGCUCCUUGUGCUGGUAGGAGACGUCCAACCAGCGUGCGACUACCUAGAGGCCUUUUUUCACAUGAACCCUAAUGAUCCUCACGGAUCAAGAAUGCUUGCAGAGUUCCUGGAGCGCUACUAUCCAGAUUCGGUGGAUGCUCAGGUUGCUGCGCUUUCCAGAUGGAUGGAAAAUGACCCAUCAUGUCGCUACCCGCUAGAAAAGAUGCUGGAGCUCUCUAGCGCUGGCGUGGUGUCAUCGUUUCUGUUGACAAAAGUCCUAGUGGAGGCGCUUGAUACGUGUGGUAGCGAUUUGUAUGUUAAGAAAAACCCAGACAUGGCAUUGGCGUUGUGGAAGAAUCUGGCAGAACUGCUUGUAGCAAUGGAUGAGGAUGAAUAUUUGAUGGAUCAAGUCAAAGGAGAAUUGACGGAUCCGUUGAACCAAGAAACAAUUGCAGAUGUGGGAACGCAGCAUGGUUGGUGGAAACAGGUCUAUCUUGCUAGGCCAAGCACGAUAGAGGAAGCAAUAGCCGUCGCAAAACGUGACAGUAUUUUUAUGGAGGUGUCUAUAUAUCGUGCUGCUGUGUCGCAUCGACUUUUUCCUGGUCAGCUUCGAAUAGCAGAAGCUCUGCGCUCUGCAAUGGCUUUGCCAGAUGUGGCUUUCAGUCAGAAGCACGUUCGCUUAUUCAAAAGCUUUUUCCCUUCCGUCUCGAGCACGACAAUAAUUGGGGUAGCACACACAUCGUUUUCAGAAAUGCCAUUUACGCUUGUGGCUGAGGAUAUUGAGAAAAAAGAGUUGCCUGAUUUUAAAGGAAGCUCGGACACUGUGCACGUGAUGGACCGAAAAUCUAUUGUAGAAAGAGAGGCAGCUGGUGACCAGGCGACAGUAGUGGCGACACGAACGGGCACACUGAAAGAAGUCGACCAACAAUUUGUAGAAGAACUCUAUGAAGCGCUGGAAUCAGAAGUCGGACUCUCGAACAUGAAUGACCGACGGGUCCAGAGAAAGCGCAAAGCUGAUGCUAUUUCUACCUCUACAGCUCCACCAUUGAUCCCGGCUUUUGUCGGAAUGGUCGAAGAAGAAGUUUACAACAACCCGCAAGCCACUGUGCAGCACAUCUACUCGAUGAUACAUCAAAAGCUGCGUCGUUCGGACAUGCUAGUGCCAACAUCAAAAGUGGUAGCGCACUGUAUGGGCUUCUUCCGAAGUCGUUUGGAUCAAAACUUAGAGACUUACGGCCAUUGCGGCCUGAUGAUGCGGCACGAUGCAUUUAUUGCUACAUAUUUGCGUCGUCAGAGAGCAAAGGGCGUAUUUGAAGUGACAAAAGACGCCGCAAAGGCAGCCGUUGAGGUGAUGCAAUGUGUUCUACCUAGCUCGCACCCACACUUUCCUGAUGUGGAUGUCGUGGAGGAGACAAUGCGCAUUAAAACAGCAAUGUUUGUCCGCCAACGAAGACUCCGACUGAUGGAUAUCAAGCAAAUGCUGAGACCGGUUCUCAAAAAGAUCGUAUACGUGGAUGAAAAGACCUUUGUCGAUGCAGUAUAUUCGGUUUGUACACGAAACGGGCUAUUGGGAGUGGUCACCCGCACCGAUAUCGCGCGAACACUGCAAAAUAUUCUACCAAUGCACUACUACAAGGUACUUCAAAACAUGCCGACUCGCUCAAUGCGAUUGCUUACCUCGCUCGAGUUUCGGAAGGACUGUAAUACACUUGAAGAGAUUCUCAAUAAACUGAAAAAAGUAAAAUCGCCGCGAACAACAAAAGAAGUCAGAGCGCUUUUGUGGGUGGAGAGAUACGAAGCUUUAUAUGGCCCCAUUCUUGACGACGAGGAAGACAGUGUCGAAGAAAGUAACAGUGACACGAGCAGAAGCAGCAGCGAUACCAGCAGCUGCAAUGAUGUCAGUAGCAGCAGUGAUACCGGCAGCAGCAGUGAUAUCGGCAGAAGCAGCGAUACCAGCAGCUGUAGUGAUGUCAGCAGCAGCAGUGAUAUCGGCAGAAGCAGCGAUACCAGCAGCUGUAGUGAUGUCAGCAGCAGCAGUGAUACAGGCACCAGCAGUGAUACCAGCGAGAGCAGUACCGAAAGCGAUACCCACAGCGACACAAGUAAUGACUUGGACGAGGAAAAACAGGAGAGCAGCGACAGGAGCGGUGACUUGGACGAGGAAAAACAGCAGAGCAGCGACAGGAGCGGUGACUUGGACGAGGAAAAACAGCAGAGCAGCGACAGCAACUACACGUAG